CGGCGCCGGAAGUCAGGGGCACGUGACCGGGUGACAGCGCUCUCUUGGCUGCGGGCUCGCUUUAGGUGCUGCGGCACGGGAUGGCGGAGGCGCCUCCUGUCUCAGGUACUUUUAAAUUGAAUACAGAAGCCACUGAAUUCAUUCCUCAGGAGAGAAAAAAUUCUGGUCUAAAUUGUGGGACUCAAAGAAGAUCAGACUCCAAUAGGAUUGGCAGAAGAAAUUAUAGUUCAUCACCUCCCUGUCACAUUUCUAGGCAGAUUCCUUAUGAUGACAUCACUGUUGUUCAUCAGCACAGUUAUCCUUCAGGAAGUAAACCGAAGAGUCAACAGACUUUUUUCCAGUCUUCUACUUCUAAUAAGUCACUCAAGAACCAUAACCUUCAGAGUCAGCCUUGGCAAAAAUUAAAGCAUGAAAAACAUCACAUCAGAGUCAAGAAAAUACAAGGGCUCAGUGACCAGAGCUUAGAUACAAUUAGCUUAGAAAGUGUGGCCAGGCCAGAGAGUGGGACAAACCUCAGUGAGUAUAGCCCUUCUGAGAGUGAGAAGGAAAUUGUUGGUGCAGAUCCCAGGGGAGCAAAACCGAAAAAGUCAGCUCAAUUUGUAUACAGUUAUGGUAGAGGAUCAAAAGUCAAGGGGAAACUAAAGUGUGAAUGGGGUAACAAAAUGACUCCAAAACCUGAGGAUGCUGGACUUGACAAUACCAAAUCUGUGGGGGUUUGCCACCCUGACUCCUCAGAUGCAUCCUGUAAAAAAGGAGCACUGGAUGGGUAUGGAGCCAGACGAAAUGAGCAAAGAAGAUACCCUCAGAAAAGGCCUCCGUGGGAAGUGGAAGGGGCCAGGCCACGACCAGGCCGGAAUCCACCAAAACAAGAGAGCCAACGACAUACAAAUGCAGGGCCUAGAAUCAACCUGGCUCCCAUUCCAAAGGACAGUCUCAAUGAAAGACCAACAAAAUCAGCCUGUGACAGUGGGAAUUUGGCAGUUGUCAACAAGUCUUCCAGAAGGGUUGACCAAGAGAAAAGUACUAUAAGGAGACAGGAUCCUCAAGUGAUAUCUUCUUUCUCACGAGGCAAACAGAACCAUGUGUUAAAGAAUGUGGAAACCCAUACAGGUUCUCUAAUUGAACAGCUGACUACAGAAAAAUAUGAAUGCAUGGUGUGCUGUGAAUUGGUUCGUGUCACAGCCCCAGUGUGGAGUUGUCAGAGCUGUUAUCAUGUGUUUCAUCUGAACUGCAUAAAGAAAUGGGCAAGGUCUCCAGCAUCUCAAGCAGAUGGCCAGAGUGGUUGGAGGUGCCCUACCUGUCAGAAUGUGUCUGCACAUGUUCCUAAUACCUAUACUUGUUUCUGUGGCAAAGUAAAGAAUCCUGAAUGGAGCAGAAAUGAAAUUCCACAUAGUUGUGGUGAGGUUUGUAGAAAGAAACAGCCUGGCCAGGACUGCCCACAUUCCUGUAACCUUCUCUGUCAUCCUGGUCCCUGCCCACCCUGUCCUGCUUUUAUGACUAAAACGUGCGAAUGUGGACGUACCAGGCACACAGUUCGCUGUGGUCAGGCUGUCUCAGUCCACUGUUCUAACCCAUGUGAGAAUAUUUUGAAUUGUGGGCAGCACCAUUGUGCUGAGCUGUGCCAUGGGGGUCAAUGCCAGCCUUGCCGGAUUAUAUUGAACCAGGUAUGCUACUGUGGCAGCACCUCCAGAGAUGUGUUAUGUGGAACAGACAUAGGAAAGUCUGAUGGAUUUGGGGACUUUGGCUGUUUAAAGAUAUGUGGCAAGGACUUGAAAUGUGGGAGCCAUACCUGUUCUCAAGUGUGCCAUCCUCAACCCUGCCAGCCUUGCCCACGGCUCCCCCAUCUGGUGCGCUGUUGCCCUUGUGGCCAAACCCCUCUCAGCCAAUUGCUAGAACUCGGAAGUAGCGGACGGAAAACAUGCAUGGACCCUGUUCCUUCAUGUGGAAAAGUGUGUGGCAAGCCUCUGCCUUGUGGUUCCUCAGAUUUCAUUCAUACCUGUGAAAAGCUGUGCCAUGAAGGAGACUGUGGCCCAUGCUCUCGCACAUCAGUUAUUUCCUGUCGAUGCUCUUUCAGAACAAAGGAGCUUCCAUGUACCAGUCUCAAAAGUGAAGAUGCUACAUUUAUGUGUGACAAGCGGUGUAACAAGAAACGGUUGUGUGGACGGCAUAAAUGUAAUGAGAUAUGCUGUGUGGAUAAGGAGCACAAGUGUCCUUUGAUUUGUGGGAGGAAACUUCGUUGUGGCCUUCAUAGGUGUGAAGAACCUUGUCAUCGAGGGAACUGUCAGACAUGCUGGCAAGCUAGUUUUGAUGAAUUAACCUGCCACUGUGGUGCAUCAGUGAUCUACCCUCCAGUUCCUUGUGGUACUAGGCCUCCAGAGUGUACCCAAACCUGUGCCAGAAUCCAUGAAUGUGAACAUCCAGUAUAUCAUUCUUGUCAUAGUGAGGAGAAAUGUCCCCCUUGUACUUUCCUAACUCAGAAGUGGUGCAUGGGCAAACAUGAGUUACGAAGCAACAUCCCCUGUCACCUGGUUGAUAUCUCUUGCGGAUUACCCUGCAGUGCUACGCUACCAUGUGGGAUGCACAAGUGUCAGAGACUUUGUCAUAAAGGAGAAUGUCUUGUGGAUGAGGCCUGCAAACAGCCCUGCACCACCCCCAGAGCUGACUGUGGCCACCCAUGUAUGGCAUCUUGCCACCCCAGCUCACCCUGUCCAGUGACUGCUUGCAAAGCCAAGGUAGAGCUACAGUGUGAAUGUGGACGAAGAAAAGAAAUGGUGAUUUGCUCUGAAGCAUCCAGUACCUAUCAAAGAAUAGCUGCUAUUUCUAUGGCCUCUAAAAUAACAGACAUGCAGCUUGGAGACUCAGUGGAGAUCAGCAAGUUAAUUACCAAGAAGGAAAUUCAACAAGCCAGGCUAGAGUGUGAUGAGGAGUGUUCAGCCUUGGAAAGGAAAAAGAGGUUAGCAGAGGCAUUUGAUAUCAGUGAUGAUUCUGAUCCUUUUAAUAUACGUUCUUCAGGAUCAAAAUUCAGUGAUAGUUUGAAAGAUGAUGCCAGGAAGGACUUAAAGUUUGUCAGUGAUGUUGAGAAGGAAAUGGAAACCCUUGUGGAGGCUGUGAAUAAGGGAAAGAAUAGUAAGAAAAGCCACAGCUUCCCUCCCAUGAACAGAGACCACCGCCGAAUCAUCCAUGACUUGGCCCAAGUUUAUGGUCUGGAGAGCGUGAGCUAUGACAGUGAACCAAAGCGCAACGUUGUAGUCACUGCCAUUAGGGGGAAGUCCAUUUGUCCACCUACCACACUGACAGGUGUGCUUGAAAGGGAAAUGCAGACACGACCUCCACCACCAAUUCCUCAUCACAGACAGCAGACAGACAAGAAUCCUGGGAGCAGUAAUUUACAGAAGAUAGCAAAGGAGCCAGUAAUUGACUACUUUGAUGUCCAGGACUGAGAUCAAGAUGCACUUAGAUAAAAGAAUAAUUAGAUGUAGUGGAGACUUAUUUGCCAGCAGAUAAAUCAUGCUUGUUCCUCACUGCCUGGCAGACCACAGCCUCAUGUGCUGUCUUGUACUGAUACAUCCAAGCAUGAGUGUUUCAGAAAUCCCCUUGUCUAUUCCUACAUGUAUAAAGUGUUUCGCUAUGGCCAGAUCUCUCAUUGUAUGGUCACUAGGUUUUCAGUGAUAUAUUUAAAGAGUCUCCUCAAAUCAUCACUGUGAUUGCUCUGAGGGUUGGGGGAAUAUUGGGUUUUAUUUGGACAAAUCAGAAUUUUUGCCCAAAACUGGCUUCAUGGCACUUAGUCAUAGUUUCAGUUUUCCCAGUUGUUCCUCCUCCUGAAAAUGCUUGCAACAUCAGAUAGAUCUCUGCAAAUUCUCAGCCUGAAAUACCAAAUACUAAAUUUGUACACCAAAUUUGAAAUCACUCCUGUCAUCUUAAACCUAACCAUCUUUCCUAAGUGUUACUGUAUUUUGCCAAAAGCUGUCUUGGAGCUAUCUAGAUGAACUUCUUUUUAAUGUUUCCUAAUACUGUCAGUUCUAGACCUACAAGAAAGUCAGGUUGCUUUAUAGAAUUCCAUUUUCUCAAGUUCCUGAUGCUUCUUAUACCACAUCACUGAGCCUGUCCAGUGACAGUUUAGCCAUCUCCCAUAAUAAAGGGCGUAGAACAAGCUUUUCCUUUUACCAGA